AUGGCGCAGUUCCACAGAGAAAUCGGCAAGCUCUUUGCCUCGUACUCAAACAAAAUCACGGGGAAUAGCCCGGUCCAGUAUGUCCCUUCUCCUCCGACCAAGGGGAAAGUGCGCCGCGCCCUCUCCUCCGCGCUCAUGCCCGUUUGGUUCAAAUUUUUCCGGGGACCGUUGGAUCGGUGGAACCUCGCGGUUAUGGCCAAGUACCUUCGCGAUCAUGGUUUGAUGUACGACGAUCUCUACAGCGACAAAGAACCGGUUUUCGCUCGCGCCUUGGAGCUCCUCCCCCCCGAUAUCCAGGCCGCUCGCUUCCGUCGGCUUAUGCGCGGAGUGUACCUGAAUCACCUCCGCAUGUACCUCCCUGUCCAUGAACAAAACUACGAUCCUUUCAUCCCCUACAUGGCCCCGUACGUUGAGGAGGCAAAGUUCCAGCUGCAAGAAGAGGAAGAAUUGCUCGGCUACCACAUGUGGGAAGGCGUUUGGUAUUCCGGUGGCGUCACUGGUUUCGGAGACAAAGAGCCCGGCGAGCAUUUCCUCCUCGCUCUGCCGAACUUGUACGGGGCAGGAGGCAGCCCCAUGCAAACCGGCGGAAAGCAUUUCUCAACCCGCGCCGCUGCGGCCGCUCGCGCGCGGCUCGCUACCCUUGCAGAGAAGAGACUUGAAGAAGCGAUGAAACAGAGACAGGAAGUGACCGCACUGGGGUCCGAGAACUAA